AUGUCGGAUUCUACAAGUCCGUGGCGGAGGGCUGGCGGAGGCCAAGCUUCAAGAGACGGGGGGAGCGAUGGACGACAAGUGCCCGCAGCUGUUUCCGACACGAGCACCGGCGAAAAUAACGACGGCGCCCCCAUCGCGCAGCUGACGGGGCCCGACGCAAACUCUACACCUCCCGCUGCCCCUCCCAGGGGAAGACAGUAUUAUACGAAAAGCGUACUCAAAAAAGCAGAGGAGAAGAUCAGGGAGCUCGCGGGCGUCGCCGAGACGGAGCAACACACCGAGGCGCACAUCGACGACAACCUCGAUGGGGCGAUGGAGCAGUUGAGCGCCGUCGCGAACCUCAUGCCCCUGUUCGAGCCGGAGAAGAUGGAAACGGUGCGCGUUAAGCUAAAGAGAAGGCUGCAAGCCGCGAGGGAUGCGGAGGAGGCGGCUGCCGAGGGGGCGGCUGCCGAGGGGGCGGCUGCGGAGGAGGAAGAGUCGGAACCCGUGGAUGCGAACGAGAUUCCCGACGAAGGUCAGUUCGACCCCCGCGCCGCGCUGAGGGAGUACGACGACGAGAUCGUGGCGAUGAGUCAGUCGAAGGAUCCGGAGGAGGACCACAUGGACGUCGCCGACAAUCGGCGACACGACCGGGACGGCGAGCCAGGGCCGACGGGGAACGAUUGGAACGCCAACUUCAAGACCGCCGUGCACGAGGCUGGAAGGAUACUGUUUGCCAGGGCGUUUCACGAACUCGACGGAUCCAUCGACGAUGCCAUGAAGAUGUGUUUCAGCGCGGAUGAGGCGCAGACGAAGGGUAUCCUCGCCGAGUUUGACGUGCCGGACUGGUUCAAUAUUUCGUACGAGCACGUCAUGGGCGAAGCGCUCGAGUUGAUGAUGUGUUACCUCAGCAGGGUCGAGAAACGACAUGACAUGCGCGAUUAUCUGGCUGAAAGACGCGAAGGAGUCGAGGAAGACUCGCCCAUAUUCGUCAAGUGUGAGGUGCACAAGUGUUUCAUGUCCGCCGCGCCAGCCCGGUCACCGUUUCGCAUGAAGGAAGAAGACAAGAACGAGUUAGCCGCCGCGUUUGGUGGAACCGAGGACGCGUGGAGGUUGGCCAAUAAGCUGUAUGAUCAGGCUCAACGCGACAGAUUUUUCGAUGUUCUGGUCGUCCUGAAGGAUUUGGAUGCAUCACAUCCGAGGCAUCACAUCCGAGCGAUUCAGUGCAAGGCAAGAUCGGACUUCAACUCAUACAUCAACAUCGCAAGGUAUGUCGGUCACGCUGCUGCCGUGAGGGAUAUGGCGGACAAAGUCGACGCGCUGAUUUGCCUCGAUUGGGUCGCGAACGUUUAUGCGUGCAAACAAGCUGAGGUCGGCGGCGAUUUUGCGGAUCAGCACAACACAGGCCUUCUUCGGACAUUUUUGUAUGAGGACAUGUGUCGCCAGGAGGCCAGCAUACGUUUAGCGGCUGAGAUGGCGAAACAUCCUUUCAAUUCUCAGAUGGGCGAGGAAGUGCCGACGCGCCCGAGGCAACAGCUUCGCGAGUGUCAGACUGCAGCUUUGGACAAGUUGCGAUGCGAAAGAGAGAAAGGGUCAAAUGGUGGGUCCGUCGUCGCCGCCACCGGAUCCGGAAAGUCUCUCAUCGCAUUCACGGAUGCGAUGCGGACGUUGUACACAGAAUCGGGGGACUCGUUAACACCGCUAGACCAGAUCGCCAUGGUGUGGGCCUGCCCACGGAUUCUUCUCCUCGAGCAGUCUGCCGAAGGUUUCAAGGCGCACGAAGAUCGAGAGCUGGCGGAGUUUGCAAACCGAGCAAAGGAGCAAGGGACUAAUUUUGAAACUCCAAAGCUGUUCUACUAUUUGGUGUGUUCCAAAAGCGAAACGUUCGAAACGCCGAAUCCAAAUGCGAUUCGCCGCUUGAAUGCUCCCCAGCUUUUCAACACGCUGCUGAAACACAGGAGCCGAGGAGAUGAACUGAGCAGGUGCCGAUUUUUUACCACUGUCGAGGGCGGCAGUAGCUUUUGGUAUCAACUGACCAAGUUCAUUCGAGUUUCCCGUGGUCUUGAUGAGCCUCUCAACAACCGCGAGAACCCACUCGUCAAUGUAUUUAUAAUUGACGAAGCUCAUGAAGUGGCGGGCAACAGUGCAGGCAGCUAUCAGUUGACGUUGAAUAUUCCCGCGAAAUGGCGCGUGUGUUACUCGGCGACGCCAUUCGUGGAAUUGCAGCGAGGGGAGAAUUUACGCGCGAGAGACGGCGACGACGCGGAGUCGGAUGAUACUGCGGAGGAACCAGCGGAGGGUCAAAGUGUUGGAGAAAAAACGCCUGAAGAACGCUUCCCGGAUGUAUAUUUCAAAAAGCUUGCCGAUUUGAACUCAUCUGAUGAGAAUGAAUCCGAUGCCGGGGAUCCGGCCGAUAAUAACGUCGAUCAUAUCGGACUGAGUCGAGUGCAGAUAUUGAGCGAAAGCCUACAGUUCAUGCCCCUCGAGCGGGCUGCGAGCCUACCUCAAUUUCAAUCCGAAGAUGAGAGGGAGCUUAUUCGGCAACUUCAGGAUGUCGCGAGAAGCCUAGGUUCUGAAGGUCCUUCCGUAGAUAAUAUCAGCCAAGCAUUGGGAGAUCGGCAGGUGGUGAUCUUUGCAACAAGGAGAGACAGGUACAGAGGAAUGUGCACUUGUCAGAACGCGACAGGUGAAGAAUGCAUGGCACAUUGCGCCUCGCGGAUGUUUCCGCAAGAGACAGCGGUGGGGGAGAGGUAUAAAUGCAACUUUGACUUCUGGCAGAAAAACUUCAUAGCAUGGGAUACUCCAGUGGAAGAAAUGCUCAUGCCGGAUUGCGUCGUUUUGGGUUGGGACAAAGAGACCAAAGUAUUGAGCAUUCGGUCUGAUGAAGCCCGAGGAUUCGGGUGCCACGACUUCACGGACUUUGGCGUGCAAAAUGGAUCAAAUUUGAUCGGCACUCCGAUUUUCUCUUACACGUUCGCGGAAGCUUUCAGGUCGCCGGACAACAUCCUCGCGAAGCCGUUCCUCCUGACGUAUCGGUUGAAAGUCCCAGACAUGUCAUCUAUGAACGAUGACAGGCACGAUCGUCUGAAGUGUAUCUUUGGCAUUAAAGAGCGCACUGGGAGGAGGGGUAGGAUUGUCACCGGCGACCCUCUGAACAAAGUGGGACUACAAAUUAGCUUCGAUGAUGUUACGGACUCGCCCAUCGCGGCGACUGCGCAGGAUUACGCCACCGCCAUGACAAUUUAUCGGAUGAUUGAGCGAGGCGAGGCUUCAAAAGUAAUGGUGUUCUGUUGGCGCAACGAAGAUUGUCGUCGGUGCUUGGCGCUUUUCAAUCUUCUGCUGAAGCAGCGCAUCUCAGAAGCUUCCCACAAUCGAGAGCUCGCAGAACGCUUGAGAGAGGUUCAAACGGCUCAUAUUUUUGCCACGUGGCAGCGCAACGAGCGAACGGAUGAAAUGGAGGAGCACGUGAAAAAGAGGCUGCUGCACCAGUUUAAGACGGGGAAAAUUGAAGUUCUCUUCAAUGCCAACUACUUGAGCACGGGCAUAGACAUCCCGUGCACAGACGCCGUGGUGUUGACACAAAAGUCGAAAGGAGUGAGACAGGUUCUGCAGAGAUGGGGACGAGCUCUGAGGUCCAUCGCGACGCAGCCGUCGAAGCGAGGUAUCCUCGCGAUAAUCAUGUCUGAUCCCGAAGAACCAGAUGAGGACAAAACCAAGCGCAAAGAAUUCAUGGGAUUCGACUUGGCGCUACCCGAUGACUUCGGGGGUUGCCAUGCCGAUUUUUGCAAUAUGUAUCGCACCGCCGAGUGCGCGGCGCACCGAUCCAAUCGCAUCAUCGGCGAGUGCGAUAAAAUCAAAGCCGUUCUUACGACGGUGAAGAGGAAAGCUCACAGGGACGCGCCCGAUAAGAAGAAAACAACGCCCACGUUCCCACCGCCGGUCGCGACAAUCACGCCCGAUGUGGAACGCACGCUCCGGGACAUGUUCGACAUCACCGUGCGUGACUUGCUGAAGGACGUCGACUCGCAGCCGUCUCAAAGAAGUCUCGAGCACCAAGACUCGGACCUCGUCGGAUCUCUCGCGUCAAUGGGUAUCCAAGAUGAACGAGACGGCUCUCAAUCUGAAUCGGAAGGAGACUCCGAGCACAGAUCCCUCGCAGAUAUUCAGAGAGACCGACAGAUAUCGGGAGCCAACGACGGCUCAGCACCGGAUGCCGACGCGACCAUCGAAAGAAGGGCGGAGGCGCGGAGACCGCCGCGGGCGGAUCGAUUGACGGAAGCGGCGCCGGAGGAGCGGGCGAUGCCGGCGCCGCCAAGAGGCCAAACGACGCGUCCGGGCGCGCCUCAGGGAACCUCCGCUGCUGGGGGUGGGGACGGAGGCAACGGGGGCCGGUUUAAGCACAGAUCGCCGACGAUGCGCUACCGCAAGGUACCCGCGGGCGCCCAGCCCACGGCUGAGUCCACGUGGGAUUCGCUGGCCGAGCCGUUCGACGUCGCGCCCGUCGCAUCGCCGCGCAAUCGCGCGAGUGACGAGAUCACUCCCGCUCCUGCGCCGCCAGCCCCCGCGACUGUCGCGGACGGAGGCUCGGUCGGGCCCCGGGAAGGUGAACGACCGGGUCCGGCGGGCGGCGAAGCUGGUGGAUCCGGUCCGCAAAAGCGAAACCUGUAUUCACGGCGGUUCAGGUUGGACAGGAGCGCAGACGAGCGGCGGGCGGUUAACACGGCGUGUCAGGGGUCCGCCGCGGACGUGGUGAAGCGCGCCAUGAUUGCGGUGUUUGACGAGCUGGACCCCUCGCUCGCGACGCCCGUGCUCCAGAUUCACGACGAGCUCCUGUUCGAGGUUGACGCGUCGCGGGUCGUCGAGGCGGCGAGGGCGGUUCGAGCCAUCAUGGAACGCGCGGGUGACGAGUUUGGGCUCACCGUGCCACUGCCGGUCAAGGUGAGCGCGGGUGCAAACUGGGGCGACCUCGCGGAGCUGGUGGAGGUUCUCUUAAUAAGCUGAUGA